AUGAGUAUUAAAAGCAUCCAAUUUAAGGCGUUUAGAAGUUACUCUAGUUUCCUUUUUUUUGACCCACAGGCGGCCCGAAUUGACGGGUUUCCAGGGGUGAUAACUGCUUUGGGAACGCUACGUAUUCGUGGAGACCUUCUGGUCGCCUCGCUGUCUCGCUCAGAAUUGGCUGAAGCCCUGCGCUCUUACGCCAAAGCCCUCAACGUUCUUCCCUCCAAUCCAGCCUCCCGAAACUCCUCUGGUCUCUCUCUCCUCACAAAACUACAUCUUCAGUCCUCCUCCACACCUGAAGAGGAAGGCGAAGUGUCUGCUUCCACUAACAUUACCACCACUGUUACUACCACCGUUGCUGCACCCACCGACAUUGGUCCAGUGAAUUUCACUACCAACGAACCUGCGUCAUCCUUGCCGAACGCUUCAACUGCUCCUAUGCCACCACCGCCUCCACCACCUCAUCAGAAAAGCCGAAGCUCUUUGGAGGUGGGAGAAGUAUUCCAGGCGCAGCCACCACCGCCGUUACUCCCUGGGGGUCAGAAGUUUGUUGUCUCGCGGCUCUUCCUCUUCGACCGUAUGCUCCUGGUAACAGAAGAGGUGAAGGCCAAACGGAAGGGCACGAGCGCAGAUGCCUUUGCGCAAUCGACCUAUCAAUUUAGAGCUGCUGUCAAUGUUAAUAAGAUGAAGUUUGAGCCGCACUGGUUCAUGUGUACCUUCACAAGCGAACCAGUGACGGCCGGGUCUGCAGGAGCAGGAGUUGCGGAUGCAACUCCAUCAGGAACAGCUGGAGCAGCAGUACCAGGGAAUGAACAGUGCGCCGGUACCGAUUGGCCGUCGGUACGUGCUGCUCUUGAAUUUGCGGCUUCAGACGAUCUGCGUUUUGCUCUGUGGGAUCAGACACCAGGUCGCGAUGUUAUCUAUAUCAUCGAUCCUCAGACUGUCGCCACGCGCUCUGCCUGGGUGGUGCAUCUGCGCGACAUCCAGCGCAUGCAACAACAACUCCUCAUGGCCUUGGAGGAUCCCACACGAUUUGCUGGUGGCGAAAGAGAAUGGGGCACGUCACUUUCAUUACUUUCUUGA